AUGAAUCUCAUGGUCAGACCAUCACCACAGUGGCCAGUGAAACGCUUCUCCAUCAGGUCUGGAGAUUCUGCCGUUUACCUGACCCCCACCAUCCUUAAUUUGUCCUCAUAUGCCUCAGCUCAGGUGUUAUUGAAGACAUUCCUUCAGUCUCUCUUGUCCACAAUUAGGCAGGUGGAUAUAAAGAGCAGAAGUGAGGUGUGGGCAGCCGUAGACAUCCGACUGGAUGAUACCCAGAUGAAGGUCCCCAGAGCAAGCCAUGAACACUGGUGGACAUUACAGGUCAUUACUGCAGCCAAGGCCAGUGCUUCUGCCCUCAUCCGCACUAUUGCCAAGCAACUGAAUGUCAACCACAGAGAAAUGCUAAUCAAUUACUUCAAAUAUAUAUUCUCCAAUCUUGUGUGUUCCUGUACCAAGGAGGAGCUGGAAAGAGCCUUCCACUAUUUACAGAAUGAGACAGAAAUUUAAUUGCUCAGUCUGCUGGGACAGAAUUUCCAAGGUCUUCAUAAUGAGCGGUUCUUGCGUCUAGGCGAACAAUACCAGCAGGUCUUUAAUGGACUUGCUAUUUUAGCUUCUUUCGCCUACAGUGACGACCCCUACCAGGGCCCAAGAGAAAUCACCACCCCAGGACGCAUGACAGAUUAUCUGCAGCCCAAGCUCCUGGGCAUUCUGGCUUUCUUCAACAUGCAGCUAUUUAGCUCUAGCGCUGGAGAGAAAGAGAAAAAGAAAAUGGCUCUGAACAUUUUAAUGCCGCUGAUGAAGCUAAUGGGUCCAAAGCACAUCAGCUCAGUCCGAGUGAAGAUGAUGACCACACUCAGAACUGACCUGAGGUACAAGGACGACUUCCCAGAGCUCUGCUGCAGGAUGUGGGACUGUGUGCUGUCUUAUCCGUCUUAUCUGAGUCCGCUUCUGAGUCAUGUAAUCGUUGCUCUAUUACCUCUCAUCAUCAAGCCUAAAGAGACAGCCGUGCACUACCUCAUAGCGGAGAACAUUGUCCAUUAUCAUAGUAUUAUGAACUCUAUUUUGGGUCUUGGCCAUCUCUCUACAAUAAUAACCCAGGUCAAUGGAGUUCUGGUCAGCAGACCAUGAUGAAAAUCCGAUCUGAAUGCGUACCAGUUCGAGGCAGCAUAGAAUCUGUCAAAGUGGGACCUAGUUGAGGAUUAUCUUGCCUCUGAUUGUCAUGUCUGUUUUAUAAAUUGUAAGUCCAGCACAUGGGGUGUCAGACUUGGCCAAAUGUUGCUGCCUGCCAAGAAGCAAGAUUCUGAAGCAUUCUAUGAAAAACUUAAAAUAGCCAGCAAAGAACAAGUCAUCCCUAUAGCAGCCAGUUUUGAGUGUGGCACCUAUCAGAGAACCUACAAGUAUAUUGUCAGGUUCCAAUGGUUGACCAUUUUGGAAAAAUGUAGAUGAUCUCUUCUCUUUGUAGAUCAUUUUAAUUUAUUAGGGUUACGUAUUCUACUUAUUUGCAGUUCUUAAUGUGAGGAGCAGGUUGGUGAGUGCUGGCUGCACUUUGCUCAUGUGGCCUGAAGAGCUGGUCAUCAUCAAACAGCUUUCAUUGCCCUGCUCAAUGCUGAGAACUCCCAGAGAACUCCCAUAUGUCUCUUCAUCGAGAAAGCCAAAUGGCUCUGGUCUAAGAAUUUUCUUGUUUGUUUUUAUAGGGUGAUGAUAGUCCUGUAGAAAGUUGUGCAGCAGUGUUUUUCAGAUGACCAGCCACUCGCGGACCCAAAGAAAAUCCGGAUUAAAGGGAAUGCCAUACUGCUGGUGGGCAGAUACAUGGAAGAUACAGCCAACUUUGAGAGCAAUGCUAUAAUGAAUACUUAUAAGCCAUCUAGUCAUCUCCGAAUCUGCCACUCCAGCAACGAUAUCUUUGCUGUGCUGAUGAAGAUUGUGGCCAAAGUUUUCUUUGCUUAGCCAAUGUGGAUAAUGAUGGCCGUGUCAAAGUCCUCCUUUCCAACUCGAAUGAACAGAUGCAAGGAGACCUUGAAGAAGGCUGUCAGUCUGAAUAAGUCAUUUGGGAAAUUUAUAGGAGAUGCCAACAGACUGACUGACAAGCUGGUGGAGCUUGGCAAUAAACCAGUGGAUGGGAACAGCAGCACCCUCAGCAUGAAUGUACACUUCAAAAUGCUUAAGAAACUGGUGUAAGAGCCCAUCUUCAGUCAGAUCCUCAUCCCCUUGCAGUCUGUCCUUAUACCCACCCUGUCUUCCACUGGAGGAGCAAAUCCCAAACAUUGUGCCUUUCCAGGACACUCGGUCUACCUCGUUUGCUUCGAUGACACGGUAGAGAUCUUGACAUCCUUGCAGGGGUCUGAUGGGAAGUUCAACACCAUGAUGUGCAAACCUAAAGAUGACCUGAGGAAAGAUUGCCGCCUGAUGGAGUUCAACUGUCUCAUUAAUAAGGUACUAGAGUUGUGCGGUUCAUGA